ACAACAGCAAACUGCCGCCUCUUCCGCCUUCACAAGAGCCACAAUGUGCAUCACCCACCACAGCCGAAUUCCAGGACAACAUUGCCACGACGACCACUAGUGUCACACCCAGGGUCCAAAAGCGCAGGUCCACUUUUGUCCAGUCCUUGCGUAACAUGCUCAGCCUAUCCCAAUUGAUUUUACCCUCGUCCGCAAAGAUAGCUGCUGGAGCACAGCCUGCGGGUCCGCCGCAUUAUAAUAUCCUGGUGCUGGGAUCGGAUUCUGCGCCGCUGGCGAGUACGCUCUACAAGAUGUCUAGUUUGUUGCCCAGCACGAACAAGAUUAGUCAUUACCAGGAGAUCUCUGGGUUCUUUGUCGCGUAUUUCAGAUCGAACGGUUCAUUUUCGUGUUCGCCAAAGACGUCGACGGAACUGAGCGAAAAGGAGAGGAGGAGACGGUCUGGGGCGUCAUUUAGAGCUGAGGGAGAUGAGGAGGUGAAGGCGAGAGGGAAGGGGUUGGAGGAGAUCGAUCAGGAGGGAGGAGGAAGCAGGAGACAUUCAACGAUAAGGAGGUCGAGUGCAGAGAGUGAGGCGACGCUGCUGAACGCUGCACGGGGAGGACACUCGAGGGAUGGAACGACGGACAGCGAUGAGGAUGACAAGGCAACGCUUUAUCAAGAAUCCCUGUCGACAACAGCAACAGCAGCAGUACAUGAAGAUGUCCCCUUGAGUGCAUCCGCGAAUGCGACUCUGUCUGUGCACGCGUUUUCACUCGACACCACCUGGCCGGUCCCUCGAAUUCUCGCACAGACGUUUUGGUUCCCUCACGCACAUGGAAUUAUCUAUAUCGUGGACGCCACCCGCAAGAAUGACCCCCGUGGGAUGGACCACUUGCUGAAUGCACGACAGUUCCUGGCAUCGUUGGUCAAGGACGAGCAUUUCCGGAGGAAGGAUAUCCCUGUAGUAGUGUUUGCGAAUAAGGCGGGGAUGGAUGAGGAGACGUGCUUUAGGGUGGACGAGAUUGCAGAGAUCCUGGGGUGUGAGGAGUGGGAUGAUGAGGGCAGGGUCACGGUGCAGGGCGGUAAGGAUAUGGAGACAGCAGGAGCAACAGGAGACGCACAGAAGGUGAGGGCUUGGUGCGUGAAGAGCACAAGGUCGGAUGGAGAGGGCGAGGGCUUGAGAGAGUCUGUAGAAUGGCUCAAGAGCCGGAUGGGUGAGAUCUGGAAGUCGUAAACAAACCUAGGCACAUCACGCUUUUAUCAUUACUCUCCACUCAUCCCACUGGUUCCUCACUUCACUUUGCAUUCCUGUAGACUAGCUUCAUAUUCACUUCCACCUCCUAUUAUUAAUAGUUAAUAAUAGUUAUACCACGCUGUCCAACG